AGUACUCACCAAAGCACCUACCCUCCCCAAUGUCCAUAACCCCACCCCCCUUAAAGAUACCCUUUCUUGGCUAGGAGUUCCUCAUGUACAUAAGCACACCGGGCGUCAUGUUUACUAGCUAACACAGUUAUCAUGUGGCUAUCAUUUUUAUUGUAUGCUUAGUAUGUAUCAGGCAAUAUUCUAAGCAUUUUCUGUGUAUUUACUAACUUAAUCCUCACAAUAACCCAUCAUGGGUUAGGUUUUCUAUUCCUAUCCCAUUUUAUAAAUACAGAAGAUGACAUUAAGUGGUUAUAACCAAAGAUUUUCAAAUUUCUUUUUUUUAAAAUAGAUUUUAUUUACUUGUCAGAGAGAGCACAAGCAAAGGGAGCAGCAGGCAGAGGGAGAAGCUGGCUAUCUUCUGAACAAGGAGAACGAUGAUCAUGACCUGGGCUGAAGGCAGACACAACCAACUCAGCCACCCAGGCAUCCCUGAUUUUCAAAUUUUUUAUCAAGGAGAAAAAUUUACAUGAUAGUAACUAUGCCGAAAAGAAAUAGCUCCAGGAAAACUAGCUAAAGUUGUACCUAGCUCUGUAUUUCUGAAGUAGAUAGGUAUAGUCAGUUUGGGCUUGUAAAUCUUUUGCUUACAUAUCAUAAGUCCUAGGGGCACCUGAGUGUCGCAGUUGGUUGAACUUCUGACUCUUAGUUUUGGCUCAGGUUGUGAGCUCAGGGUGGUGAGAUCAAGUCCAGAGUUGAGCUCUGCAUUCAGCUUGGAGUUCUGCUCGAGACUCUCUCUCCCUCUGCCUCCACCCCACCCCCACUCUCUCUCUCUCUCAAAAUAAAUAAAUAAAUGAAUCUUAAAAAAACAAAACAAAACAAAUCAUAGACCCUAGAAGAACCCAGAGAACUUGUGAAUCUGUCAUGUUCAACCACUAGAUUCAUAAAAAUUGUGAAACUCUGUGAAUCAUACGUGAAAGAGUAUUUUUAAGUGGACUCCUUGUUAAAGGCAAAGAAAGAGCCAUAAAGAGCUUAGCUGGGUAGAUUAGAAUAAAGAAAUUGUCUCUCCCCAUCUGUUCUAAUUAGCUUAUCUCUUCCGCUUUCGUAGCUGUGCUGGUUAUUUCAGGAAAGAAGUGACAGGUAUUUUGAAAGGACACCGUUUUUAUUUAGCUAAUUUAUAAUGGUUUUGGAAUGUUUGUCAUUUCUCAAAUAUAAACUCUUAAAUGUUAGACUUUUCUUAUAAUAAUUUGUUACUGAAAGUUUCAAGUCUUUUCGGGUGUUCAAGUUAAGGAUUUUGGUUUCUUCUCAUUUCCUUUGAUUUUGGCCCAAAUGAUUAUGUUUCCUCAUUUGGGGAAGAUUUCUCUGGGUAUUUUGAUAUUUGUCGCGAUAGAAGGAAACCUUACAUCAUUAACAGGUAUUUAAAAAUCUAUAUAUUUUUUCCUUAUAUUUGUAUUAUAAUCUCUUUAAAAAUAAUAUUAUAUGAUACAACUGUUGUAAGAAGUUGAACCAAAUGCUAUUAUUUUAGUGUUUGUUAUUGCUUCAUUUAAACUUUUAAAAAAUCUCUCCAAUAAUUUUGGUUUUUUUUUUCUUUAGUAAUUUCUACUUCGGACUUACUUCCUCUCAUUUCUUGUGUUACAAUUGGAUAUAUAGUUAUUUCAAUAACCAAGAAUCUUGAAAUAAAGGAGUAGGAGUUAGAUGGAGAAGAAAUUGAUAGCUCACUCCUCCACUCUUGAGGCAUACAUGUCUGUAGUCCGAUCAUGACUUUAAAAUUGAAAUACGGCACAAAAGUCAGUUUUUAUUUGUUACCUUUCAUACUGUAUCUUUGUUCAUUAUCAGAAGACUUGUCUAUGCUUUCACUCUGUAGCACAAACCUACAUGUCUUUAGAAGAUAUCCAAGAACCCAAGAGUACAGUUUCUUUUUUCCUGACUGACUCAGAAUCCACAGACACUUCUCCUUCUACUGAAAGGAAACUACCUCUGGACCACAGAGAAACUGAGAAACAGUGGUUGCUGAGAAGAAGGCGAUCUAUUCUGUUUCCUAAUGGUGUGAAAACCUGUCUGGGUGAAAGUGUGACCGAGGUUGUGGCAAACCAUGUGAAAUAUUUUAAAGUACGAGUAUGUCAGGAAGCUGUUUGGGAAGCCUUCAGGACAUUUUGGGAUCGACUGCCUGGGCGUGAGGAAUAUCAUUACUGGAUGAAUUUGUGUGAGGAUGGAACCACAACUAUAUUUGACAUGGGCACAAAUUUUAGUCAGUCCGUGGAACAUAGAAGUUUAAUUAUGAAGAAACUGACAUAUACCAAGGAAACUGUAAGCAGCCCUGAAUUAUCAUCUCUGUUUCCUGUUGGUGAUACCUCAACAUCGGGAGGUGCUGUUCUCAGUGCUCCAUAUCCAGAGGUGACUACCUCUGAAGGUACCUCAGAGAGCAGCAAGGAGAGGCCUGAGGAGAGUAUUAGCAAUGAAAUUGAGAAUGUGAUAGAAGAAUCCACAAAACCAGCAACUGAGCAGAUUGCAGAAUUCAGUAUACACCUUCUGGGAGAGCAAUACAGGGAAGAACUACAGGAUCCUUCCAACUUCCACCACCAGCACCUUGCGGAAGAGUUUAUUUCAGAGGUUGAGAAUGCAUUUACUGGGUUACCAGGCUAUAAGGACAUUCGUAUACUUGACUUUAGGUCCCCCAAGGAAAAUGGCAGUGGCAUAGAUGUUCAUUAUGCAGUUACCUUCAAUGGUGAGGCUAUCAGCAAUACCACCUGGGACCUGAUUAGCCUUCAUUCCAACAAGGUGGAAAACCAUGGUCUUGUGGAACUGGAUGAUAAACCCACUGCUGUUUAUGCAAUUAGUAACUUCAGAGAUUAUAUUGCUGAGACACUGCAUCAGAAUUUUUUGAUGGGGAACUCCUCUUUGAAUCCAGAUCCUGACUCCCUUCAGCUUAUCAACGUGAGAGGAGUUUUACUUCCUGAAACUGAAGACCUAGUUUGGAACACCCAAAGCUCAAGUCUUCCGUCAACCCCACCAUCCAUUCUGGAUAAUACCCUUCAAGCUGAAUGGCCCUCAGCAGAUGAAUCUACCACCAGCAGUAUUUCACCACUUGAUUUCAGCUCUGGUCCUCCCUCAACCACUGGCAGGGAACUCUGGUCAGAGAGCCCUUUGGGUGAUUUAGUGUCUACACCCAAAUUAGCCUUUCCCUCGAAGGUGGGCCUCAGUUCUUCCCCAGAGGUUUUAGACGUUAGCAGCUUGACUCUUCAUUCUGUCACCCCAGCAGUGUUUCAGACUGGCUUGCCUGUGGUUUCUAACGAAAGGACUUCUGGAUCUCACCUACUAGAAGAUGGAUUAAUCAAAGUUGAAGGGUCAGAAGAUUUUCUUUCUGUUCAGCCACUGCCUUCAAGACCAUUCACUCAGCCAGUGCCAAAGGAAACAAUACCAUCUGUGGAAGAUUCUGGAGUGUCUUUGACAUCCUCACCAUAUCUGACUUCCUCUGUUACUUUAGAUCUUCUUGCUAAAGAAGUAACUAUAUCUUCUGGUUUGGACUCUUUGGCCUCCAAAAACAAAGGCCAAUUAGAAGUGAGCACUUUGAUGCCAGACACAUCCAUAGAAAAAGAGUUUAUAUUUGAAAGUGGUUUAGGCUCAGGGUCUGGGCAAAGGGUAGAUCAGAUUACUUGGCCAUGGAAUGAGACUUCAUUAGAGAAGAGUUCUGAACCACUGUCUAAGUCAUGGCUUGAAGAUCAGGAGUCACUUUUGCCAACUGAGGUUAUAGAUGAGAAAUUAGUUCUAGAUGACAAAAUAGAUUCUACAGGACAAAGUAUUGACUAUUUAAAAUAUGGGCAUUUUGAUAAAUCCACAAAAUUUGCAGAGGAAGAACUCAUUGGUGGGCCUACUGUGCCCAUCUCUGCAGAAACUACAACUCAAUCUGCAUCUCUAGUUCUCUCCAAACAAAUAUCAGAGGUACCUGACAUUGAUUAUUACCCGGUUACCAAAGCACCUCUCCUAGUGACAUCUAUAGCAACCUCUGCUUCUACUGAUAAACCAGAUCUACCGUUUCUAAAGGAGGAUGUGGAACAAACUACAGAGUCAUCCAACCAUGAAUGGUUUGAUAACGAGAUUUCAGUAAUGAAGCCAGACAUGCAACAGUUGGGGACUGUAUUGCCAGAAUCAGAUGUAGUUUGGGCAAGAACUUCUUCCUUAGGGAAAUUGUUCAGAGACACGUUGGCAAGUACACCACAGACUACUGACAAGCUCUGGUUGAAAUCUUCCAUAACACAGUCUACCAAAUUGUCUCCAACCACCAGCUCCACCCUGCUAGAGGAUGAAGUAAUUAUGGGUGUUCAGGAUAUUUCAUUAGAACUGGACCGGAUAGGCACAGAUUACUAUCAGUCUGAGCUAAUCCCAGAGGAAAAUGGCAAGGUUGGUAGUUAUGUGGAAAUGUCUACAAAUUUCCACUCCACAGAGAGGGCUAUUGUGGUACAGCCCACGGAAGGAGGUGACUUGAGUCAUACCCAGACUGCAGGAGCUUUGUUGGUUUUCUUUAGCCUCCGAGUGACAAACAUGAUGUUUUCAGAAGAUCUGUUUAAUAAAAACUCUUUGGAGUAUAAAGCACUGGAACAAAGAUUCUUGGAACUGCUGGUUCCCUAUCUCCAGUCAAAUCUCACAGGAUUCCAGAAUUUAGAAAUCCUGAACUUUAGAAAUGGCAGUAUUGUUGUAAACAGCCGAAUGAAGUUCAUGAAGUCUGUCCCUCUUAAUGUCAACAAUGCUGUAUACAUGAUCCUGGAAGACUUUUGCACCACUGCCUACCAGACCAUGAACUUGGCUAUUGAUAAAUUCUCCCUUGAUGUAGAAUCAGGUGAUCAAGCCAACCUUUGCAAGUUUCAGGCAUGCAAUGAAUUUUCUGAGUGUGUAGUCAACCCCUGGAGUGGAGAAGCAGAGUGUAGAUGCUUCCCUGGGUACCUGAGUGUGGAAGAACUACCUUGUCAGAGUCUCUGUGAUCUACAGCCUGACUUCUGCUUGAAUGAUGGAAAAUGUGACAUUAUGCCUGGACAUGGGGCCAUUUGUCGAUGCCGGGUGGGUGAGAAUUGGUGGUACCGAGGUGAGCACUGUGAGGAGUUUGUGUCUGAGCCCUUGGUCAUAGGCGUCACCAUUGCCUCGGUGGUGGGGCUUGUCCUCGUCUCUUCUGCUUUUGUCUUCUUCUUUGUCAGGACUCUUCAGGCUCAUUAUGAUAGGAGGGAAACAGAGAGGCCCAUCAGCAGGCAACCCGACAGCCUCUCAUCCAUUGAAAAUGCUGUGAAGUACAAUCCUGUGUAUGAAAGCCAUGUGGCUGGACCCGAGCAGUAUGAGGGACCCUAUCCUCAGCACCCCUUCUCUAGUUUUGCAGGUGGAGAAAUGAUUGGUGGUCUGAGCAGGGAAGAAAUCCAGCAAAUGUAUGAGACCAGUGGGCUUUCCAGCGAGGAAAUUCAAGAAAGAAUGAGAAUUCUGGAACUGUAUGCCAGUGAUCCUGAGUUUGUAGCUUUCGUGAGAGAACAUCAAAUGGAAGAGCUUUAACCAAAACUUCUAUUUUGAAACUGAUCAGAAGCCUAGAGAAGAUGGAGAUCCCUUGCUACCUCUGUCAUAUAAUUAACCUGGAUUUUAAACUCUGUUGGAAGAAGAAUUUUCUACUCAAAAAAUUAAGUUUGGAGACCAAUUUUUUUUUCCAGCUUAAAAUUUCAGAAUAUAGUAAGAAAUAUGGCAAUUUUUAUACCUACAAAGACCAAAAGUUUUAUUUAAAGAAACUGAAAAUGGUAUGAGUUCUGGGAAGUAUUCUACAAGGAAAAAAAUGACCCGAGAAUUGGGGCUGGAUUUGGGGUCUGCUUCUGAAUCUCUGAAGGUGUGACUCAGAAACGGUGGUUCAGGUUUCCCUGGAGGAAAAUAAGGCAAGACUCUUUCAGGAGAAGGCAGGUUUAGUAAGUGAAUAUUUGGUAGUAUGUCUGUUAUUGUUAGAAUAUUGUGGAAUGAAAAGCCUUUGAAUUAGUUUUAUAAAGUUUGUAGUCAGACACUCAUUUAAAUAAAAAACAUUAAGUAUUUUUGGCAGUUAGACUGCUGAAGGAAAAACAACAUUUUUGUGAUAGUAUAGAAUUAGGCUUGUACUUUUUCUACCAGAGUUUUGAAUUUCCUCAGCAUGUGAAUCAAGACCACAUUAUUGUUAAGUAUGUCAGUAUCCUAUUUUUUUUUUUUUUUUUGGUUGUCAAGGGCAAUACAUAUGUAUAGUGUUUAAUGGGUUCCUGUUAGACUGCAGAUGAAUUUAAUCAUAUGGACAGGGAGGGAGUAGGCAUUGGUCAAAGUCACAGCACUGUUAAUAUACUUUGCUGAUUGUUGGGUGGACUAAGUCGAACUAAUGGGCUCCUUGACUCUUCUUCUGCUAUCUCAUGUUGUCCUAGGCAAGUCCUGGAUUUUUCUAGUUCCUGAUAUAUUAAUUGGGAAAGCAGCACUAACUACCUCACAUAGUAUAGGUUAGCUUGUUUACAUUGCUUCUUCUUAUGUAAUAGUUUGUGUCUAAAUUCAUUCCUGCUUACAUGAAACAUGACAGGACUUUUACUGCAAUUAAAAUUUUAAAAAUUAUAUAGGUAGGAAACAUCCACAUAUUAUAUAAAUCUUAAUUGAAAAUUGAAGUUUUCCUCUUUCUCUCUAGUAAAUUUUCGAGUGGGUAGCUUUGGAGGGUGCAAGGAGAGGGCCAAAUAAUCUUCACUAUUAAUAUCAAAUUGCAUAUACAAAUAGCUUAUUAUUGAUAUAGUUAUUUUAUGUUAGAUAUCUUCAUGUUUGCCAAAAACAAUCUUGAACAUUUUGAUUUCUUUCUGAUCAGAUUUAACCAGAUUAGACUGACUAUAAGAUAAAAUACUUAAUUCAUGUAUUUUUUUUUCUUAACUUGAUGAUUGCCAAUGUCACUCAUUAUGGAGAUAUCCAAAACUAAAUCUCUGAGUACAUGGCAUAGUAAAACUAUUGAAAGUCUAGAAGAUAUCCAGCUAGUUUGCAAAGUAUGUAUGGUGUGUGUUGGUAUGAAGGUUCCUGUAUCUCGGUAUUCCUUUUCAUUCCCUACUCACUUAAUGGAUUUUCUACGAGUUCAGAGUAGACACAAGCCACUGCUUGGACAUUUUCUACUGGGCUCAUUUGAAAGGAAUUGAUAAUUAAUUAUCUUUAAAGCAUUAUAAAUGUUAAUGAUAUUUGCCAUUACUAAAUGCUUAAUUUUAUUUCUGAAACUUUCAAAGAUUUCUGUUUAACCUUCUUGUGUUUCAAACUUUUUUCCUAAACUUAUAUGUGUUAAAUGAAAAGAAAAUUUGUCUUUAUCACACAUUAACCCUAGACUGCAACAGUUUGAAUGUCUGCUUGCUGGCAGAGUUCUAGAUGGGCAUAGAAGGAGUCUGGGGCAAGUCACCACCUGGAACAUAGGAAAAGCACAAAUUAAAAGAGCUAAAGAAGAUUGUUGUUUUCUAGAGGCUAAGCAGUAAAGUGGGAAUUUGAGAAUGCUGACAUGUCUCUGGCUCUCCCUUUUAUAUGACCUUUUUGUGUAAGCACAGAUCAUUCAGCCCUACAUGAAUGUCUGCUCCACACCUAUUAAAUGGAAGAAUAAGGGAACUCCCACAUCUCAGGGAUAAUGACUUUGCCCUACUCUUGCUAUAGCUGAACCACAGUGGGAAAGAUCAGAGAAUGCAGCUUCCAAGGUGACAAUCCAUAGGGCUAAAGGAGCUAUUGCUCUAACGGGGCAGAGGACAUUGAAAGAUCUUCUUUUUAAAAGAGCUUUCCCUGAGGCAAUUUAAUGGAAUGUUCAUUUAAAAGUAUAAGGACUUGGGCGCCUGGGUGGCUCAGGUGACUAAGUGACUAUCUUCAGCUCAGGUCAUGAUCCUGGAGUCCC